AUGGUCCAGGCUGCACCCGGUGAUGAUCUGACCGCACUUCGUAACAAGGCUUUCGCGUCUUUCAGAGCCCAGUGCCGUGGUAAACAAGGAUUCGCUGCAGCAUGGUGUUAUGAUAAAAUUACUGAUAACACCAGUCCAUGGAUACAGGUUGACUUCGUUGGCACAGUCACCAUCACUGGUCUGAUCACCCAGGCGAGCGGAGAUUACACAUAUUGGGUGACGGAGUACCAAGUGACGUACAGCGAAGAUGGUCAGUCCUGGAAUAACGUGACUGAUGCAGACGGCACACCAAUAAAGUUCCCUGGUAACAAGGACAUGAACACACUGGUUACUACUCGCCUGCCGUUUGCCUUGCGCACCAGAAUCCUGCGCAUUCACCCAACGGAAUGGAACAACUAUUGCUGCAUGAGGUUUGAAGUGAUUGGCUGCUAUUAAGUCAGACUCAUUACAUUGCCGAUGAGUGAGUCAAGUGAUUUCAACGUCAAAAGGUAGCUCUGUCGUAGAAAAAAAACCGAACAUAUUCAUGCUUGUAAAUACCGGCUCUACUCAAGAAUUAUUCGGUAGCUUGAAUGAAAUUUGAUGAAUAUUUAUUAGUUCUUUUUUUUUCUUCUUAAAAUUUGUGAAUGUACAUUACUGAUGCAUUUAAAAUGCAUACUGGUUAAUCGUUAGUCAGUGUGUACGUAUAUAUAAUUAGCUGAUUGGUAAGACUUAGAGUGAAAACAAACCCUGGGAGUACACUUUAAAAAGAAAGGCAAUUCUCCAAAGAAAUCUUGACCGUCCUAGAGCAAGCUUGCUUUUUCCUGUGUACUUUAAGGACAUAAUAUAAGUUAAGAACAUGACAACGAAUAAGAGAAAUGUUAUGUACGAAUUGAAGAAAGAAAUAUUAUGUGUUAGUUGCUAGAAGGUACGGUGUUUUUACAAAGAAUUAGUAUGGGAGAAAUUAUUGUCCUGAAAUUUUGUAAUUCGGAAAAAAAGCAUUUGAGAAACACUCGCUCUAUUUAUUUCAUAUCAAGCCCAAAUCUGGGGGCGGAUGAAGCCCCUGAGCUUCUGAUAAUGUUAUGAUACCAGUAAAAUUGGGCCCAAAGAAAAGAAAAAUAAUUCUAAAGUUCCUAUAUUCUCAAACAGUGUUAUAGAAUGGCGGGGAAAGUAUCGUAGAUUUCACAAUGUUCAGGGCGGGGG